AUGGACGACCUGCCCUCGUACGAAGCUGCGACUUGUCCCAAUGCUUGGACACUCAUUGCGCCGUACCUACCUUCCCAAGCACUAUGCUCUGCAGCGUUGGUCUCUCGAGAAUGGAACAAGAUUUUUACACCAUGGCUCUGGGGAAGUCCAGCCUCUCAUUUCGGGGAGCAGAAUGACGUUGUUUUUGUGGCUCUAACGCGAUUUAAGCGUAUUCUGUCUAAUGCGCGCGCUUCUGUAUGUGAGCUCACGCACACGCUCUGUCUUCCUCCUGCCCAUGCCGAAAUAUAUUCUGGUCCACAUUCAGAGUGGCUUCGAGACUGUCUGGAAUACCUCCCUCGUCUCCAAUGUUUGAUAGUCAAUGGCCUUCCAUUUUUUGACCAUGCGAGCCUUCUUAGCCUUCGCUAUCCAAGCCAACGACUAAGGCCUAAGUUUCCAGUGUUCAGUUUGAGACUGCUUGAUGCCUCGGGCUGUAUGAAUGCCACAUCAGCAGGGCUUGCAGAGGCUCUUCCGCAUUUCCCUGAUCUUGUCUCUUUGGAUUUGUCCAAGACUAGAGCCUCUAGAGGCAAAGCGGUGUUAUCCGCUCUCAAGCACCUUCUCAACCUGCGUGUUCUGAACCUCUGCGGUAUUGGCUUGAAAGAUGAGGAUUUCUCAAUAGUCGCACACUCGAUCAGAAGUCGGGUCAGAAGUCUUGAUAUCAGCAACAACCUCUUGACAGAUACCAGUACGCGACUUCUCCUUGAACUCUGUUUGAAAGAGAUAGUAAUCACUCCACAUACACACCGGGGUCGUUUGGCACCUGUUGAGCAAGAGCAAGGGAAUAAUGAAAUAGAUGUAUUCGAGUCCGAGAACCUCGUAGGACCUCUUCGUAAAAAGCUCAUGGGAGGUUUUGUUGGCACACUACCAAUCGAGGAAGCACGAGAUGUUGGGAUAUCCCAUCUCUACUUAUCAGCAAACAACAUCACCAUUGAAGGAAUAUCUUCUCUGCUGCGAUCAGGGCGCCUUAAAGUUCUGGAUGCAGGCGUAUUGCCUGCUACGAUCAGGAAUCCUUAUCCUGUCGACCCAAGUUCUGAAGAAGACGACAUGAAGUUGCCGAGUGUCGCCAAGCUGGUGCCCAUCUUGUCCAAAUUCGCACGCCACAAGUUGAGGUAUGUUAGACUCAACUAUCAAAUAGUGACGGAGAAUGCUCCCAUCGAGAGAUCUAAAUCGCCACGUGCAGAACUUUGUGGAGGGCCUGGGGCCUAUGAGCGUCCAGAAGCUCAUGAGCUUGAAAAUACGGAGUUGUCAAUGUCUGAGCUUGACUCAGAAUUCACAACUGUUCAGGAAAUUGCAGAUUAUUCAUACCCAAUCGAAUUGCCUUGCUCUUUCCCGCCAGCUGAAACGUCGAAUCAUGCGUCUUCAAGCACAGCUGCCAGUGGCCACAAACCAGUAGCUGCACCAACUCCAGCUGCCAUCAUUACUUCACAGCCGCCGUUGGGCCAACAAGAGUCCCCAAAUUACCGAAAUCAGACGGGCUUGCCGUUAUCCCCAAUCAGUCCUCUUCAGCAAAGCUUUGAAAACCACAGAGGUAGUCGCGAGGGUGACUUGUCCCCAUCAUGGAGCCCUUCGCUGUUUCCACCCAGGCCUACCCCCGAUAUGCAAUUCCCAUCUACACUUGUUUUUGAAACGAUAUGUCAAGAAGAUCCCCUUAAUCAUGUUGAAGAUAUGAAAGUUCGGCUAUCAUAUCGCCAAUCGCAAGAACCCCGUCUGCAUCCAGGAAUGCUACCCAAUCUACAUACACUGGUUCUCACCAGUGUGCCUAUCGCAGCUGAAAAGUAUAUGGUAGACCGUAUCAUACAGUUCAUCAAAGAUGCGGCAGAUGAGGCUUCGAUUGCUAGACAAAGUGCCCGAAACACUUACGCGCUUCCUCCAGGUCGCAGGCGUGUCGUGGCCGAAGAGGAAUAUGCGCACAGCUUGUUUGCCCUACGACGUAUUGUCCUAGAGAUGGCUUCUCCGCAGCCGGCACCCAAAAAGAUAUCUACCAGUUGGCGCGCUUAUCCCACGAGGUCAACCACUGAGGAUACUGAUUCAGAGGCCUUUUGGGAAGCUGCGUCGCACGACUUUUCAUUCUUUGGUGAUGAAGAGUGUGGACAGCCUAGUCAGCAACUGGCUCGUCCGCUGCCUUUGGAAGCCAUGAGCGGGCUCGAACUUGCUACUGAUCAUACUCACCCAGUUCCUGAGCCCAGGGAACCCGAAGUUAGCCCCAGAAGAUUGUUUGACGUGAUAGGAGAGGUUGGUAAAUUCCGAAGAGAAAGGAAGGCUGCCUAUGAGGAGCUGGUAGCGACGGGUGAGGCCAAUCCUGAUGUCAAAGGCUACUGGCCUGGGGACAUCACUGUUGUGAGAAUGCCAUUAAAUGCGGAAGUUGGAGAACUCGAUUGUUAUGGGAAUCGAUACGAGUCUGGGUGGUACUAUCGGUGA